AUGCUAUUUCAAUUUUUCAUUUUUAAGUUCGAGAAUAGCUAUUCCACUGGUUUCGGUUCGGCUCGAGGUCGCGAUCCAGAUCCCGCAUCUAUAUUGGCUACAAACUUGUCAGAUUUGAUACCGGAUCAAGUUGAAAUGGGUCACUCGCAUUAUCAGCAGCAAGCAAACGGCAUGACAAUUUCCUCAUUCGCUUCCCUUUCAAGCGUUUCGGCACAGUCUUCGAUGCAAUCCGGAACUUACCAAUGCCCUAUUUCUCUGGCUGCUCCAGGCAUAGUUACCGCUUCAUUUACAUCCGCAUCGACUAGUUCGCAGGCCGGCGCUACUUCUAUCUCUACUGGGGAAUGUUGCGAAGGCACUGGGGUUAUAUUCCCUACACAUUUAAAUCGUCGACCACCAGACCUGAUUCAGUCUCAGGCUUCUGCUUCUCUUCCUCUUAGCCUACCGGUUUCGAUUUCUGCCUCUUGCGGCGUCGCCGGCUCUUGUGAACCCAGUCCUGCUGGAUCACUUACUACCUGCACUGGCCUUGGGUCUGGAAAUUUUUCAGUUUCUGCUUCGGUUGCAUCAUCAGGCCUUAAUGUUAACCACUCAGCUCAGUUACGUAUUAAGCGGCGCAGCCUUUUGCUUAUGUUGAAUAUGGGAACUGGUCUUGGGACUGCUCUAUCCCCGAGCCAAACUGGGUCCCCCAGUCACCUUUCUAUAUGCUCUUCAACUGGUUUUUCCAGCACAUUGAAUACAACUCCUUUGGCGGUAAAUUCCUUUUCAACUACAGUCACUUCAUCAGCCCCUUUUGCAGCUACAUCAACCUCCUGCAAUCAAUAUACAGACUCUACGGGACGACCAUUGAGUCAUUUUGGCCUGAUGUCUACAAUUGAGGCCUCAUCUCUUGGUUCCCCACUUCCCACUUCUGAAUCUGGAUUUUGGACAGAGAUUCGUCCAUCUGGUUUUGUUUCUCUCAAAUCAGACUUAAGCCAUGCUAGACUUGAGACGUAUUCAGAUCGACAGCUUUCUCCUCGUCUUAAUUCAAACUGCCAUGGAGUCACUGUUGCUCCCGUUGGCGCUCCCUCAUCUCCCUCUUGCUCAAAUACUGUAAACUUUCAAGACGAUGCUCUUGGACAGACAGCCAAUAGAUGUAUAAGUAGUUCAUCAGGCCGCUUGUCUGUUCGUGAUACUGCUGCAUUUCUUAAUUGUGUUUCUCCCACCACUUCCUCUGGAUCAGUUAAAAAGCCCAGAACAUUUGUAGGGAUUCCAAAAACUAGGUGCCGAGUUCAGCCGUGUACUAACUGUAAGUUUGAUAUUUCAGUUUUCUAG